AUGGAUAAGUCUUUACAGGCCCAUGAUUCUCUUGCAGGUUUAUCUCUACAGUCCUUAGAUUCUAGCUCACCUUCUAUUGAGUCUACUGAGUUGCCCUCUGGUGUUCUUGUUACUGCCAUUCCGAUAGGUUCUUAUCCUAUACUCACACGAGCCAAGGCUGGUAUUUUCAAACCUCACCACCCGGCAAAUCUUGCUGUCUUGGGAUCCUCUGGCCUUCUCUCUGCUCUUCUGGCAUCCACGAGCCUAAAGGGUUCAAAUCAGCUACCAAGAAUCCUACUUGGAUUGCCGCCAUGGAUGAAGAAAUUCAAGCUUUGCAAAAAUAAUCGUACCUGGAUUUUGGUCCCUCGCUAUGCCAAUACCAACAUUGUGGGCUCCAUGCGUUGUACGGAUACAUCACUCUUUAUCUUUCACAGCUUUACUCGUAAGCUUCACUCUGAGUUCGCUACUAAGGAUUUGGGUUCUCUCAGUAACUUCUUUAGUCUUGAAGCCACACCAACCACUGAUGGCCUUUUUCUCACUCAGCUGAAAUAUGCACGCGGUACUCUUAGUCGUGCUCAAUUACUUGAUAGCAAGCCUGUUCACACUUCGAUGGUUGUUUCCCAACACCUAUCUUAUGAUGGUUCUCUAUUUUCGAAUCUUACUCUUUAUCAAUCUCUUGUUGUUCUACACUCUCCGACUGAUGACCACAUUCUUGCUGUCAAACGCAUUCUUCGCUAUGUCAAGGGAACACUGCAUUUUGGCCUCUCUUUUCAUCAAUCUGUUUUUUCCGGUACUUUAGUUGCUUACUCUGAUGCUGACUAUGCAGGAUGUCCUGACACUCGUCUCUCUACCUCUGGUUAUUCCAUUUACCUUGGUGACAAUUUGGUUUCCUGGAGUGCCAAGAAGCAACCUACCGUUUCUCGUUCCAACUGUGAGUCUGAAUAA